CCUCUCGUGGAACACGAUGCGACGCAGGAAUGUGAAAGGCUCCCGCCCGCCGCCAUUUUCUUUCUUUCUUGGCAGGCAGAGAGUGCGGUAGGAAGCGGCGAAGCGGACAUGGCGGAUUACUCUACGGUACCCCCUCCUUCUUCGGGCGCGCCCGGGGGAGGCGGAGGAGGUGGCGGGGCAGUCAAUGAUGCUUUUAAAGACGCGCUGCAACGGGCUAGGCAGAUUGCAGCAAAAAUUGGAAAUGAAUCUGGAACAUCUGUGAAUUCAAAUGAUUACAGUUAUGGAGGACAAAAAAGACCUCUUGAAGAUGGAGAUGGCUCUUGGACAAGUCCGAGCAGUACAACACACUGGGAGGGAAUGCCCUCUCCUUUUAAAGAUCAACCAGAGCCUAAGAAAGUUGCUCCUCCAAAUAAUGAUUCCUUUGGAAAUCAGAUGCCACCCAUGCAUCAGCAACAGAGGUCUGUAAUGACAGAAGAAUACAAAGUUCCUGAUGGAAUGGUUGGAUUCAUAAUUGGCAGAGGAGGAGAACAGAUUUCUCGCAUACAGCAAGAAUCUGGAUGCAAAAUACAGAUUGCACCUGAUAGUGGUGGCAUGCCUGAAAGAUCUUGCAUGUUAACUGGAACCCCAGAGUCAGUACAGUCUGCAAAGAGAUUACUUGAUCAGAUAGUUGAAAAAGGAAGGCCUACACCAGGAUUCCAUCAUGGGGAUGGUCCAGGAAAUGCAGUCCAGGAAAUUAUGAUUCCAGCUAGCAAAGCAGGAUUAGUUAUUGGAAAAGGUGGAGAGACAAUAAAGCAACUUCAGGUAAAGAGCUGGUGUAAAAUGGUAAUGAUUCAAGAUGGACCACAGAACACUGGAGCAGACAAACCUCUUAGAAUCACAGGAGAUCCUUACAAAGUUCAACAAGCCAAGGAAAUGGUUUUGGACCUAAUUCGUGAUCAGGGUGGUUUUAGAGAGGUGCGCAAUGAAUAUGGCUCAAGAAUAGGAGGAAAUGAAGGAUUAGAUGUACCAAUUCCAAGAUUUGCAGUUGGUAUUGUAAUUGGAAGAAAUGGAGAAAUGAUUAAAAAGAUACAGAAUGAUGCUGGUGUGAGGAUACAGUUCAAACCAGAUGAUGGAACAACUCCAGACAGAAUAGCCCAAAUCACAGGACCUCCAGACAGAUGCCAACAUGCAGCAGAAAUUAUUACAGAUCUUCUUCGAAGUGUUCAGGCUGGCAAUCCUGGUGGUCCAGGACCUGGUGGUCGUGGACGAGGUAGAGGUCAAGGCAAUUGGAAUAUGGGACCACCUGGUGGAUUGCAAGAAUUUAAUUUCAUUGUCCCAACUGGAAAAACUGGAUUAAUUAUUGGGAAAGGUGGUGAAACUAUCAAGAGCAUUAGCCAGCAAUCUGGUGCUAGAAUAGAACUGCAAAGAAACCCACCACCAAAUGCAGAUCCAAAUAUGAAAUUGUUUACCAUCCGGGGGACACCACAGCAGAUUGACUAUGCUCGGCAGCUCAUAGAAGAGAAGAUUGGAGGUCCAGUAAAUCCUUUGGGGCCACCUGUGCCACAUGGACCUCAUGGUGUUGUACCUGGGCCACAUGGGCCCCCUGGGCCGCCUCCUGGGGCUCCAAUGGGACCUUACAAUCCAGCUCCCUAUACCCCUGGCCCUCCGGGUCCUGCACCUCAUGGCCCUCCAGCACCAUAUGCUCCACAAGGAUGGGGUAAUGCUUAUCCACACUGGCAGCCACCGAAUCCUCCAGAUCCUGGUAAGCCAACAGACCCUAAUUCAGCAGCAUGGGCAGCUUAUUAUGCUCACUACUAUCAGCAGCAAGCACAGCCACCACCUGCAGCUCCGCCCAGUGCACCACCAGCUACUCAGACCAAUGGACAAGGAGAUCAGCCAAAUCCAGCACCAGCAGGGCAGGUAGAUUACACCAAGGCAUGGGAAGAGUACUAUAAAAAAAUGGGUCAGGCAGUUCCAGCUCCAGCCGGAGCCCCACCAGCGGGUCAGCCAGAUUAUAGUGCAGCGUGGGCUGAAUACUAUAGACAGCAGGCAGCCUAUUAUGCCCAGACAAGUCCACAAGGAAUGCCACAACAUCCUCCAGCACCACAGUGCCUUCCCAGACCUUCCACCUUAGGUUCUGCUGCAAAAAGCACAGGUAAGCACAACCUAAGGAAGUGUAUAAAUACAUAUUUCAGUUUAUUAAUGUUGUCCCUGUGAGAAUUUUUUGUGCUUGUGUAUUCAAAAGCAAUCUGCCAAUAUCUUCCCCAAAUGUAUUCUGCUAUUCAUGGUUUCAUUCCAAUGGAAAGUCUGAAACAAUUAUUUACAUUUCUGGGUAAAUGUGUAUCUUUAUUUUUAAAAGAUAAGUGGAUUGCUGCAAUAAUUUUUGAGUAAGUCACUUUUACUAUUUUUUCCUCAAUAACAGAGUUGUUACAAAUGAAUAUAAAAUAUUUUUUCAAGAUACAGGAAAUAUGGUCAGAAUUUCAACAGCCUUCACAAAUGCUUUUAUAAUGUUCAAAGGAUGUUCUACCCAAUACUACUUAUUCAAGCAUACUGUGUGUUUCUCUCAUUCCCAAGGCAAUAACGGAUUUUAAGUUAUACACCAUAAAACAUAACCUAGCUUGCUUAUUUGAUAAAGAAGGAAAAUUUAGACUUGAAUUUUGCAGAAUAGUUGUAGAAAGCAUGUAUUACCAGUGAAAUGUUAACAGUUCAGCAAAUAUUUCCUUUUAUAGGAAACUCCUUCCUACUUUGCUAUUUCAGCUGAAUCGCUGUAUAUUUUCGCCAGUUUAAAUGUUUUGUAUAUGGCUUAUCUAGAUAGCUUAACUGGUGCAUUUUUUCAGUUUAGAUAGACGAUGCUAAGGCAGUACCAUCAGUUUUUUGUUUGUCACUUAAUAAAAUGCUUUGAUUUUAUCAAAAGUCCUGCUUUUCUCUGCAUCAAAGAAAAAUAUUCAAAAAACCCUGCCUUCAUUUUCACACACAGUGCUGAAGAUGCUGCAAGCACCAAAUCAUAGCUCAUAAAAUCAGGUCCUGACAUAGUUACUUCCAAUAAAGAGGAUUCCUUUGAGUGUAUGGCCAUGAUGAGCCGAUGAGCAUGGACCAUAGAAGGGCUCCAUGUAGAAGGUAAAAUUGGCAAAACAAUACCGAUUUUAAAUGUAUCCCAUACUUAAUGGUGUAGGGUAUAAUUUGCCUGUUUUAAUCGCUUCUCAUUCUUUAAAGUGCUAUUUGCUUGACCAUAAAUGUUCCAUAAUUUGUUAUGUGGUAAUAAUACAAACCAUCUAUCAAUUUACACUUUGCUAAAUAGUCAAGCAUAGAUAAUGUUUUGCAUUUCACAACUAAAUUAAUAGUUGUACUUGAAUUCCCUCGAGCCACUUCAUAUUUUGUUGUAGUUCAACAUGUCAGAUUUCAUUAUUAUAUGAGAACUAGAUACGUGCUGAAGAGCUUCAUCUUGGUCGGAUUUUGUUUCUCCAUUUUAAAACAGCUUGUUUUCGCUGCUCAGUUUUUAAUAAACAUAGUUUAAAUUGAAAUUUCAAGGGAAGGGAUGUAAUAGAAACUAGAAUCAAAUUGUUGGCAUAGGGGAUUUAUGCAUCUGCUUUGAUAAUAUUUAUACUAAGCAUUUUUUUAUUUUCAUUAUCAAUUUGCUGCUGGACCUACAGGCAUCUUCUUGCACCAAGUGUAGUUUUGGUAUAGAGUUUUGUCUGAUUUCUGUCAGAAACCUUGCAUUGAAUCAAAAGGUUCCAUUCCAUUCAUUGAGUUAGAACUUUUAUAUACAUAGUUGCCUCGUUUUCCUUGAGCGGUUCUUGUGCUAUGGCAGGGGGGAAAUAAGUGCACAUUUCCCAGUCAUGGAAUGUUAGGCAGUGAGAGUAAUGAAUGUUUGAAAAGAUGAUCUUUUCAACUAAUAACAAUGUUUACAGAUCACCCUUCAGUAUGUGUGCUGUAUAGGAUAUGCUUUGCUAGUUUAAAAAAGUGAUCUUUAGAUUCGUGUAAAUUGCAGUUAUUUUAGUAACUAGGUAGGCUAUAUCAUUCACCUCUGAAAAUAUUACAUCAGCUGCUGAGAAAUCUUUCUUUUCAUAAUCUAGGCAGUAGAAAGAACUUUUCGGUUUUUGUUGUGUGUACUAGCAGUUCAUAAGGCAAAACAUUCAGCCCUACAGAAUGCAAACAGUAGCUACUCCUUUCCUACUGGUAGUACCCUAUGAAAGUCCUGUGUUUAUGCAACCUUUAUCUUAUAUGCAUGCAAGAUGCAUUUUCGUCCUGAGAUAGUGUUCUCUACAGAAACUACCCGUGUUAAAAAAAGAAGAUUGUCUUUAAAAGGCUACUGUGAUGGGAAGUAUCUUAGGGACAUGCAGCUUGGACGUGAGGUAAAUCAAAUGCUUUACAAUAUGUUGUGUUGAGCUUGCAAUAUUGACACUGUAUGUACUCAUGAAUACACAUUAAUUGUAAUGUUUUUGUAUAAGUUCUCAAUAAAUGUAAACUAAUGGGUAA